GCAGGUUCCUGUUCUGUUAGCGGUUAGCUUCAGUUAGCAUCAACCUGUUAGCUGCCGGGGUUUAACACCAAAACCUUCAGGUUCGGUCUGGUAUCCGGGUCCAGGUGUGCAGGUGUACAGGUGUGCAGGUGUACAGGUGUGCAGCAACACAGGUGGAGCGUCACACUCUGGAGUCCAUGACAACGAGGCUGCAGUCCACAGUGGACCCCUCUGGGACCAGGAACAGUCUGGACUCCUGUUGUGACACGCCAGUGUUCCUUUCUACUCAUUGGUCCCCUGCCCGCCGGCAUGCAGCCGACCUAUCAGGAGCUGACGGCUCAGCUGAGGCGGAGCUCCAGACUCAGGAAGCUGACGGCUGCACUGUUUGUGGCCUACGCUGUCAAAAAACUGACCCCCUUUGUCUGGAGGAGGAUACAGAGGAGUGCAGCAGGUAAACAGGUGGGCGGGGUCGAUGUACCUGUGGGCGUAGUCAGCUGUGUGGGCGGAGGAAAGAAGAAGAGAGACAGCAGGUCUCCAUCAGUGAACAAGGAGUUCAUCCUCAGACUGUCUCGUCUGUUGAAGCUCUUGUUUCCACGGUUACUGAGUCCAGAGGUCGGCCUCCUCGCUCUGCACUCUGUCACCCUGAUGUCCAGAACCUUCCUGUCCAUCUACGUGGCUGCUCUGGACGGUGUGAUAGUGAGGUGCAUCGUUCAGAAGGACCCUCAGGCCUUCAUGCUGCAGCUCUCUAAGUGGCUCCUUGUUGCCGUUCCUGCCACCUUCAUCAACAGCACCAUCAGGUUCCUGGAAGGUCAGCUGGCCCUCAGGUUUAGGAGCCGAUUGGUCGACCACUCCUACCAGCUGUACUUCACCAACCAGACGUACUACCGAGUCAGCAACAUGGACGGCCGUCUGUCCAAUCCGGAUCAGUCUCUCACUGAGGACAUCGUCAUGUUUUCAGCCUCAGUCGCUCACCUGUACUCCAACCUGACCAAACCCAUCCUGGACGUGGUGGUGACCUGCUACACCCUGCUGCGGACCGCACAGUCCAAAGGAGCGAACACCACGUGGCCGUCCGUCAUCGCCGGCCUGGUGGUGGCGCUCACCGCAAAAGUCCUUCGCUCCUGCUCGCCUCGAUUCGGGAAGCUGGUGGCCGAGGAGGCCAAGAAGAAAGGAGACCUGAGAUACAUGCACUCACGCAUCAUCGCCAACUCCGAGGAGAUCGCCUUCUAUGGGGGUCACAAGGUGGAGAUGGCCCAACUGCAGAGGAGCUACAUGUCCCUGUCCUCUCAGAUCCAUCAGAUUCUGCUGAAGCGUCUGUGGUACGUCAUGCUGGAACAGUUCCUCAUGAAGUACGUAUGGAGCGCCUCCGGCCUGGUGAUGGUCGCUGUGCCCAUCAUCACCGCCACGGGAUACUCACAAUACGACUCUGAGGAGGUGAAGCAGGCGGCCCUGGUGAUGAAGGAGGAGGAGCUGGUGAGUGAGAGGACACAGGCCUUCACCACGGCCAGGAACCUCCUGAACGCUGCAGCCGACGCUGUGGAGAGGAUCAUGAGUUCAUACAAGGAGGUGACAGAGCUGGCCGGAUACACAGCUCGGGUCUCUGAGAUGCUGGACGUGUUUGAGGAGGUGACUGAAGGAGUGUACCGGCGCUCUGCAGACGGAGAGGAGGUGACUGAAGGAGCUGUGGUUCAGCACGGACACAGACUGUGUGGUCGUCUGGAGAUCAGAGGUCAGGUGAUCAGUGUGGAGAAGGGGAUUCGCUGUGAGAACCUGCCAAUCAUCACACCGACCGGAGACGUGGUGGUCUCUAGUCUCAACAUCCAGGUGGAUGAGAACAUGAACGUACUGAUCACCGGUCCAAACGGUUGUGGGAAGAGUUCUCUGUUCAGGAUCCUCAGUGGACUGUGGCCUGUUUAUGGAGGAGUCCUGUACCGUCCAGAUCCACAGUACAUGUUCUACAUACCCCAGAGACCCUACAUGUCAGAGGGGACCCUCAGGGACCAGGUGAUCUACCCGGACUCCGUGGAGGACAUGGUCCAGAGAGGACUCACAGAUUCAGAUCUGGAUCAGAUCCUCAGGACGGUGCACCUGGUCUACAUUCUGGACAGAGAGGGAGGUUGGGAGUCGGUCAGCGACUGGAAGGACGUUCUGUCAGGAGGAGAGAAGCAGAGGAUGGGGAUGGCCCGCAUGUUCUACCACCGUCCUCGUUACGCUCUGUUGGAUGAGUGUACGAGCGCCGUCAGCAUCGAUGUGGAGGGAAAAAUCUUCCAGGCUGCAAAGGAUGCUGGGAUAUCCCUGCUGUCGAUCACACACAGACCCUCCCUGUGGAAGUACCACUCUCACCUGCUUCAGUUUGAUGGAGAAGGAGGAUGGAAGUUUGAGCCUCUGGAUGCGUCGACCCGUCUGUCUCUGCAGGAUGAGAAACAGCGUCUGGAGAACCAGCUGUCCGGGAUUCCCAAGAUGCAACAGAGACUCACUGAGCUGUGUGUGCUGCUGGGGGAGAGACGGCUGUCGGAGUCUCUGGAGCCUCCGGACCGGUCGGACCCUGUCGGACCGCAGAGCUCAGACCACACCAGACCACACCAGACCACACCAGACCAGACCAGACCGGACAAGACCGAACCCCAGUGGAACACGGCCAUGGAGACGAAACGUUCUCCUGAUGAAGAAGGUUCCUCCUCUUCCUCCUCACUGCUCAGUUUCCACGUCAGAGGUUGCCUCGACAGUUUCCUCUUGAGUCUCUCCAACAUUGACAUCAGUGCAUCAGGAACUCUACUUUCUGAGAUCAGAUCUGGAUCUCAGGAGGAUCUGGAUCUCAGGAGGAUCCGAUCAGCCAGACCACAUGCCGAGGUGUCAUUGAGAUCUGAUCUCAGUCUGUAA